AUGGAGAACGCACACACCAAAACCACUGAGGAAUCACUGGCCUAUUUUGGGGUCAACGAAAAUACAGGUCUCGCUCCUGAACAGGUCAAGAAAAACUUUGACAAGUAUGGACCCAAUGAGCUCCCAGCAGAGGAAGGAAAGUCAAUUUGGGAGUUAGUUGCAGAACAGUUUGAAGAUCUGCUUGUCCGAAUUCUGCUGCUGGCUGCCGUCAUAUCAUUCGUGCUGGCCUGGUUUGAGGAAGGUGAAGAGACAAUCACAGCCUUUGUGGAACCCUUUGUCAUCCUCCUGAUCUUGAUCGCUAACGCAGUUGUAGGAGUCUGGCAGGAAAGAAAUGCUGAAGAUGCCAUUGAGGCUCUUAAGGAAUAUGAGCCCGAGAUGGGAAAAGUCUACCGCAGUGACAGAAAAUCUGUACAAAGAAUCAAGGCAAGAGAGAUUGUGCCAGGAGACAUUGUGGAAGUUGCAGUUGGUGACAAAGUCCCAGCUGACAUCAGACUCAUCAGCAUUAAAUCCACUACUCUGCGUAUUGAUCAGUCUAUCCUGACAGGAGAGUCUGUCUCUGUCAUCAAACAUACAGAAGUUGUUCCCGACCUCAGAGCUGUCAACCAAGACAAGAAAAACAUGCUGUUCUCUGGUACCAACGUAGGAGCUGGCAAAGCCAUUGGCGUUGUAAUUGCCACUGGCCCAAACACUGAGAUUGGUAAAAUUCGUGAUGAGAUGGCAGCCACUGAACAGGAGAAGACCCCUCUGCAGCAGAAACUUGAUGAGUUUGGAGAGCAGCUGUCCAAAGUCAUUUCCCUCAUCUGUGUUGCUGUAUGGCUUAUCAACAUUGGACACUUCAAUGACCCCAUCCAUGGUGGCUCUUGGAUCAAAGGAGCUAUCUAUUACUUCAAGAUUGCCGUGGCUCUGGCUGUAGCUGCCAUCCCUGAAGGUCUCCCUGCUGUAAUCACCACCUGUCUGGCCCUGGGUACAAGACGUAUGGCCAAGAAGAACGCCAUUGUAAGGAGCUUGCCCUCUGUAGAAACUCUUGGUUGCACCUCAGUCAUCUGCUCUGAUAAGACUGGUACUCUGACCACCAACCAGAUGUCUGUCUGCAGGAUGUUUGUGAUUGAUAAAGUUGAAGGCGAUGUCACCUCCCUGAAUGAAUUCACCAUUACUGGAUCCACCUAUGCCCCAGAAGGAGAUGUUCAGAAGAAUGAUAAGAAUGUGAAAGCUGGCCAAUAUGAUGGGCUGGUGGAGUUGGCCACAAUCUGUGCACUUUGCAAUGACUCUUCCCUCGACUUUAAUGAGUCUAAGGGUGUGUUUGAGAAGGUUGGUGAAGCUACUGAAACUGCUCUGACAACCCUGGUUGAGAAGAUGAAUGUAUUCAACACUGAAGUGAAGAGCCUGACCAAAGUGGAGCGUGCCAAUGCCUGCAACUCUGUUAUCAAGCAACUGAUGAAGAAGGAAUUCACUCUUGAGUUCUCACGUGACAGGAAGUCCAUGUCUGUUUACUGCACACCCGCCAAGGCUUCCCGUGCUGCUGUUGGCAACAAGAUGUUUGUGAAGGGUGCCCCAGAAGGUGUGAUUGACCGUUGCAACUAUGUACGUGUGGGCACAACUCGUGUACCCUUCACUUCUGCUAUCAAGGACAAGAUUCUGUCUGUAGUCAAAGAAUGGGGCACAGGCAGAGAUACCCUGCGUUGUCUUGCUCUUGCAACAAGAGACACUCCACCCAAGAGGGAAGAGAUGGUUCUGGAUGACGCCACCAAAUUUGUUGACUAUGAGACUGACCUGACCUUCGUUGGCUGUGUGGGUAUGCUGGAUCCCCCACGUAAAGAGGUUGUCGGCUCCAUCCAGCUUUGCCGUGAAGCUGGUAUUCGUGUCAUCAUGAUCACUGGUGACAACAAAGGCACAGCUAUCGCCAUCUGCCGUCGUAUUGGCAUCUUUAGUGAGGAUCAAGACGUGGCAGGCUGUGCUUUCACUGGUCGUGAGUUUGAUGAUCUGCCCCCUGCAGAACAGAGAGAUGCCUGCAAGCGUGCUUCCUGCUUCGCCAGAGUCGAGCCAACCCACAAAUCCAAGAUUGUUGAGUUCCUGCAAUCCUUCGAUGAGAUUACAGCUAUGACUGGUGAUGGUGUAAAUGAUGCCCCAGCUCUGAAGAAGGCUGAGAUUGGUAUUGCUAUGGGCUCUGGUACUGCUGUAGCUAAGACAGCCUCAGAGAUGGUGUUGGCUGAUGAUAACUUCUCCACCAUUGUGGCUGCAGUAGAAGAGGGCCGUGCCAUCUACAACAACAUGAAGCAAUUUAUCCGCUACCUCAUUUCCUCCAACGUAGGAGAGGUCGUCUGUAUCUUCCUGACUGCUGCUCUGGGUCUGCCUGAGGCUUUGAUCCCUGUACAACUGCUGUGGGUGAACCUGGUCACAGAUGGUCUGCCUGCCACAGCCCUGGGCUUCAAUCCACCUGAUUUGGACAUCAUGGACAGACCACCACGUAGCCCCAAAGAGCCCCUCAUCAGCGGAUGGCUUUUCUUCCGUUACAUGGCCAUUGGAGGCUAUGUCGGUGCAGCCACUGUUGGUGCUGCUGCCUGGUGGUUUAUGUGUGCUGAAGAUGGACCUGCCGUAACUUUCUACCAGCUGAGCCACUUCAUGCAGUGCACAGAAGACAAUCCCGACUUUGAGGGUCAUGAGUGUGAAAUCUUUGAAUCUCCCGUUCCAAUGACCAUGGCUCUGUCUGUGUUGGUCACAAUUGAGAUGUGCAAUGCUCUCAACAGUCUUUCAGAAAACCAGUCCCUGGUCAGAAUGCCCCCAUGGUCCAACUUUUGGUUGCUGAGCUCUAUCUGCCUCUCCAUGUCCCUCCACUUCCUUAUCCUCUAUGUUGACCCUCUGCCUAUGAUCUUCAAGUUAACACCUCUGUCAUGGACUCAGUGGUUUGUUGUACUCAAGAUUUCCUUCCCUGUCAUCCUAUUGGAUGAACUUUUGAAAUUUGUUGCCCGUAACUACCUUGAAGGUAAGUGCAAUCAUUUUAGUUUGUAG